AUGGAUGAUGACUGGGAGUUUUUGAGAAGGCCUAGCACCGCCGCGCCGCCCAGAAAGCAGGAAACAGUUUCUUUUCGGGUGGUUUUUGGCGGGACAGAAAAAGAGUGCGAGCUGCUUUCUUCGGACACAUUUGAAAGCGUGUAUGAGCACUAUGAGGGAAGGUUUGGCAUUUCCAUAGUUUUGGAGUGCAACGGGGUGUCUCUGUCCCGGUAUGCAAAGGCGAAGGUUUUGCUGAAGGGCUGCGGCGCGCCCGUUCUGAAAGUUGUUGUGCCUGAAGACGCGCCAGCGCGCGUAGAGCAUGUUGUGUACAAAAUACGCUACAGUCAGUACGAGUGCAUACAAGUAGAGAAGAAAAACAUGCAGACGGCCGGGGACCUGCUCAGAGCGGCCCAGAAGAGCCUUUCCACGCUUCCCAGGAUAGAAGCCGCCUAUCUGGAAUUUGAUGGGGCUGUUUUGGAAGAGACACAGGAGCUAGACAGCGUUCUUGAAAAUGGAGACUUGAUAGACUUGCUUAGAAAAUAA